CCCGUCUUCCCCUUCCGUCCGCCGCAUCCCUGUUCCCUACUCCUCCGCCCCUCUCUCUCUCUCUCUCUCUCUCUCUCUCUCUCCAGACGACUGUGCCGCCGCCGCCCUAGGCCAGGUGCUGAGGCUUUCCUUGGUCUCUGCGCCGGCGACGAGCACCCACCAGGGAAAGUACCUCAUUCCCAAAUGAAGCACAUAUUCAAGAUUGCUGCAAUACUGGUAGCAAUCUCAGCUAUCUGGAUUGCUCUCCUUGAAACCUCAACUGUUCCUCGAAGUUAUACUUGGCUGCUUCCCAUCUACUUGGUAGUGGCUCUUGGAUGCUACGGCCUUUUUAUGGUUGGAUUUGGACUUAUGUUCUUCCCAACUUGUCCUCAAGAAGCUGUACUACUGCAACAGGAUAUUGUGGAGGCAAAGGAAUUCUUAGCAAAGAAGGGUGUUGAUGUGGGCUCUGAGUGAGAUCAAUUUUGAGUGGUUGACAGUCAUGACUGUCUUGAAGGAUCACCAUUCUGUUCCUUGGAAUAGGUUGCUUUUUUGGAAACUGUAGAUAGGAAACAUAUCAUUCCACUAUGUUCAGCUAUUACUAACACAGUUUUAGUGAGUUGGCAUGUUACAGUUAUGUUUUUGUCAAUGAUGGGUCUCAUAUUGACUUGCUGGUGUUUUUCAAGUUUUAGAAAGUUUACUGUUCUAGGAAUAUUUGGUUUCUAUCUUGAUUUCCCGUCAGUGGACCCUUUACCAAUUCUGCUGUUCUACGUUGCUUGUACCCUCAAGUCUCUUUGAGGAUUCAGUGUUUGAAAUUUGUGCAGAACUUCUACAGUUUCUUCUGUUCAAUGUGGCAUGUCACAAAUUACAGUUAA